AUAAGAACAGUCGGCCAAUCACAAAAUAAUGUGAAGAGAUUUUUGCUGUUUAUUUGACUCAGAUUGUAAGAGGUUCCUGAAUGCGGUUUGUUAGCACGAGGACGCUGAGCCACGAUGGAGGAUCCAAUAAAGACAGAAAGUCUAUCUGAAGAGGGCAACACAGAACCCAACCUGCUCCUCAAGAAGCUCAAGAACAACAUUUCUAAGAACGUGCAGAACAAAGUGGACACGAUUUUGAGAGAUGUACAGCAGUUUACAGACAACGACAAGCUCUACCUUUAUUUACAGCUUCCCUCAGGUCCCAGCGCGGGAGAGAAAAGCAACGACUCUAAUCUGGUGAACACGGCCGACCAGCUUCACACCUGCAGCUGGAUCCGGAGUCACCUGGAGGAGCACGCCGACACCUGCCUGCCCAAACAGGACGUUUACGAGACGUACCGGAAGCACUGUGAAAACCUGCAGCAGCGCCCCCUGAGCGCGGCCAACUUCGGCAAGAUCAUCAGAGAUAUCUUCCCCAACAUCAAAGCACGGAGGCUGGGGGGUCGAGGACAGUCCAAGUACUGUUACAGUGGAAUCAGGAGGAAGACGGUGCUGAACAUGCCACUGUUACCCAACCUGGACCUGAAGAACGAUCCGUCGGAGCUGCCCGAGCUGGUGCAGACGUACAAACAGGAAGUGACGGAGGCGGCGUGCGAGCUGAUCUGCGACUGGGCUCAGAAGAUCCUCAAGCGCUCCUUCGACACGGUGGUGGAGAUCGCGCGCUUCCUGGUGCAGGAGCACAUCGUCAACCCGCGCUGCAGCCAAGCCGAACUCAUCACCUCCGCCUCGCUGGCCGGAGGCCCCACGAAACCGCACAAGGUGAUCAAGAAGAACCAGACGGCGUGCAGGGGAGGCGCGGCGGCGGAGGAGGAAAGCGCAAGUCAGGACGCUAAGAAAAACACGGAGGGAGUCGAGCAGGCGGCGCCCACCAAGCAACCUCCAAGUGACAAACCAACCAAAGCAUCGGAGCCCUCUCACCCCGCAGGUACUGACCAGCAGGUCCAGGCCGUGCUGAAGAAAUUCCCGACGCUCCGCCCUCGAGGCUCCAUUCCCGAAUCCCACCUCUCCGUUCACGGCUCCGCCCCCGCCUUCACCCCCAACGAUUCCAGCGGCGUCAAGGUCACGCUGCCCAUCACCUUCUCUGCGCUUCCGGGACACCAGCGAGGCUCAACGUACAUGAUCGUGCCUUCGUCCAUGAUCUCCACGGCGGCGCCCACCACCACGGCGACCAAGCGGGCGCCCGAUCCGUCCGCCGUAGCCGUAGCCCCGCCCACCAAGCGCAAGCGCGGCCGACCCAGGAAGCCCAGACCCGAAGAAACGGCGGCUCGGAAUCCCAAACUCAAUCGGAACCAGAACGCCAAAACUGACCCCGAUCCCCACCCGAACCCGGCGGUACCGAAUCGAGGCGUGAUCCAGAAGGCUCUGCCGUCGUGCUCGGCUCCCCCGCGGGUCUCGGAGGCGGCGCCGAACGACUCCGUCCUGCCGAGGUCCGAACCCGAGGCGCGCCCCAUCCUGCUCCUGCGCGAGCCGGGCCGGGCCAUGGUGAUCCAGCGCGCGCCCGUGUCCCGGGACGGCAGGAACGUUCGGCCCGCGCCGGUGACCCAGGGCGGCGCCGCGCAGCUCCCUCCUCCAACCGUGAACGAGGACGGAGGGGAGGUGGAGAUCACGCUCACCCCGGUCGACCCCGCCGUCAUCGCCGCCGAGGGCGCGGACGGCGCCGCCCCCGAGACGGGCCCGGAGGCGCCGUAGCUACGUGUCAUUUCCUGUGUGGGCGUGUCGGUGCUGUGUGAUACGUGAGCGUGUAACGACGUCUCGCUUUCGUUUGUGUUUGUUUGUUUGUUUGUUUGUUGUUCGGCUCCUGAGAAAAACAGAACUGAUAGGGAGGGAGGGUCGACUGGGUUCCUCAUCGAGGUAUCUGCACUAGUGGUGGGGGAUUCACAUAGAGCGUAGCGUGUCUCUCUUUAAAAGAAGCUCCUCUGUUAGAACAAGGGUGGUGCAGGACAUGAUUAGGACAACAAAUAGGGGCAUCAACUCACACCGAUCGAUCCUUUAUUUAUUUAUUUUAAUGGAUAAUUGUUUGGUACUCUCUCAGACAUUCAGCUGGAAGCCCAACAUCCACAUCAGUGUGAUUAUUGAUCACCUUCUUGCCUUCAUCACCGAGUUCGGCAGGUCUUAAAGGGCAGCCGGUCCUAAAAGACAGGUUUGUUUAUCAGAAAAGGAGAUUUUCAAAAGCACUAAGCGUCUCACUCGCUGAAUUACGGUUCGAUUGAGAGACGUGCAGCGUCAGGGAAUGUAAAUAGUUCCGAAGGACCCGUGAGUUCGAGCCUCAGCGGCUCCACAUACACCGCCGGUCCUGUCAAGAAGGGACUAACAGAUGAGGAAUCACCACCUAUAUGGAACGGCAGGGUUCCGAGAAAUAGAGCACAGCCAUGUGGACAUAUUCUUUCGAUCCACGGGUACAGCCGGGUGUGUCCGAGAUAUUGAGGGUUGAUCGGGUUUUUCAGCGCUGCUCAGACUGCAACUGCGCCCCCUGCUGGCUGCUAGAACCGGCCGGUGAGGGGUGCAGGGGUGGCACGAGCAGCCGAGGAAUUCAAGUAGACUAGUACUUUUAACUACUAGGUUACACCUGCCCUGCACACACCAGUCUGGUCCGGUCUGAGGAACACGGCGUACCGAUAUAAAAGCACAGCGCGAGUGGAUCGGACCGGACCGAACAUCCCUGAUGAUGAUGGUGGGUAGCGUGUUCCGUGUUACGGGUUGGAAUCUUCAGGGUGGUGAGAGCGUUCCGUGUGAGGGAGGCGUGAGGAACCGUUCCGCUUUUAAACGUCAGCACUUGUGUAAAUAGUUUCCUGAAGCUCGGCCGUGAGGGGCGUCGCGUACGAUACGCUCUGAUCCCUCGGAGAGCAACAGGAGGGGCGUGUUUUACUUUCUAUUUAUUUGGUGUGUUUUUUUUCCUCCCCUUUUAAUAAUUUAGACAUGUCUGAUUCCCCUCGAUGCUUUGUUAUUCUCUUGUUUCAUGCGCAGCAUCCGCUGAGAUCAGGGCUCAGGCUGUGGGUGUGACAGGAGGGCGUCAGCAUGAGCACGUGCGCUGUAUCCCGAACACUUGUGAAAAUAACG